UACAUUCAAGUAAUAAUUUAUGCCAAUAAUAAUACUUUAGAUACUAUUUACAUAACAACAUUACCCCCUUAUCACAGAAUAAAAAAAUCCAUGGGGCGAUAAUAUACUGUCAGCCUGAUAUAUUACACACCUAUUAAUUAAGGCUUCGCUAUUUAAAUGUUUAAAUAAUUAUAAGCAGUUGAAUAAGUAUACAGUUAUAAUGGAAAGAGGGACUGCCGUAGAGGAUCCAGAACAUUUAAAGGAUUUUAGGGUUGGAUCUCCAUGGCUUUUCUGGCAACAGAAGCGUUAUGUGUUGGCAUUCCUAGUGUUCCUUGCCAAUGUCAAUAUGUACACUAUGAGGACCAACCUUAGUAUUUCCAUAGUGGCCAUGACCCAGAACAGAAUGAAUUUAUUGGAGAAUGGAACUGUAGAAAAUUUGGGUCCAGAAUUUGCCUGGAGCAAUAUAGCUCAGGGAUAUCUUCUCAGUGCCUUUUUCUACGGUUACGUUUGUACCCCAUUACUCGGAGGUUGGCUGAGUAAAAAAUAUGGAGGCAAACUGUUGUUUGGUGGAUGUUUAUUGGGGUCUGCCAUAGUUUCUUUGUUAGGCCCAUGGUUGGCCCGAUGGAGUUUUUAUGCCUUUUUGGUCGGUAGGGUGUGCGUCGGUUUAUUAGAGGGUUUAGCGCAUUCGAGCAACUAUUACCUUUGGUCGCACUGGAUUCCGCCCGUAGAAAGAACCAAAAUCACUUCCCUUUCACUAUCAGGAAAUUACGUGGGAAACGUGUUUUCAAUGGUGUUUUUCGGGUUCUUGGUGCAACGCACCGGUUGGAAAAGCUCCUUUUGGUGUUCAGGUUUUCUAAGUAUAAUAUGGUUCCUAUUUUUCUGGUGGCUAGUCUCUGAAACACCGGCCACGCACCCGAGCAUAUCAAAAACGGAAUUAAAUUACAUCCAGACCUCCAUUAACCGGCCAGAAAAUGCGAAAAUUAAUGGACCGGUGCCAUGGAAACUUAUGCUGACCAGCAUGUCGAUAUGGGCCUACAUGAUGGUGUCUUUUUGCGAAACUUGGGGGUAUUUUACCUUAAUGACUUUGCUGCCGAAAUACUUUAAAGAUGUAUUUAAAAUCGACCUUUUCCAGUCAGGGAUUUUAUCUGCAUUACCUUACGUCUGUAUGUUCUUUAUGAUGUCUAUAGCUGGGGUAACUGCUGAUAUUGUAAUAAGGAAACAGUGGCUUUCUCCGACGAAUACAAGAAAAUCUUUUAUAGCGGUUGGAUUUAUUACUCAGGCAGUUUUUAUGAGAGCCGCAGCGAAUUGGGGUACCGUCAUGGGUACUGUUUUUUGCUUGGUUAUAGCCAUUGGGGCCAGUUCUUUGGCUAUUUCUUCUAUCAGUGUCCAACCUUUGGAUCUUGCGCCAAACAACGCGAGUAUAGUUAUGGGACUAUGUCAGACUGCCACGUGUAUCACCGGGGUAUUAAGUCCCACUAUAGCCGGUUAUAUCGUGUCCACUGAAAACCCUAGACCAGAAGAAUGGCAAACGGUAUUUUAUAUAGCGGCAGGAACGUACCUUGUCGGACUAAUAUUUUACUUCAUUUUCGGGAAAGGUGAUAUGGAGCGGUGGGAUUUGAUCGCGAAAGAUGACAAUAAAAGUUGUAGUACUUUUAUUUUUAAAAGUGAAAAUCAUUAAUAAAAUACUUUAAUAAAAAGAAAAAACCCACUGUUUUAACCUGAUCUUGCAGAAACCGCAUAUUUGUCUGUCUGCGAGCAACAGAACCAUUAAAUCUU